AUGAGGCCAAAUUAUCAUCCAGAAGGGCUGCUUGAUGAUAACAAAGUGUCCAAUUCAAAAUCCCAAAAUGAUGGGUCAAAACCAAUUGCUCAGUUAUGGAACUUGAAUGGAAGGUGCCCAGAAGGAACCAUUCCUAUCAGAAGAACAAAGAGAGAGGAUAUCCUCAGAGCAAGCUCUGUCGAGAGUUUUGGAAAGAAGAAGAAUUCUAGUGUCCCUAAACCAAAGUCUGCUGGACCUGACUUCAUCAGUCAAUAUGGCCAUCAGCAUGCAAUAGCUUAUGUUGAAGGAGAUAAUUACUAUGGAGCAAAGGCAACCAUUAAUGUAUGGACUCCCAGAGUACAGCAACCCAAUGAAUUCAGCUUGUCUCAGCUAUGGAUCUUGGGAGGCUCUUUUGCUUAUGACCUCAACAGUAUUGAAGCUGGCUGGCAGGCAGUAAGCCCAGACUUGUAUGGAGACGACAACGCUAGACUUUUUACCUAUUGGACAAGUGAUGCUUAUCAAGCCACGGGUUGCUACAACUUGCUGUGCUCAGGCUUUGUUCAAAUCAAUAAUGAAAUAGCUCUGGGGGCCAGCAUCUUCCCUGUUUCUGGAUAUCGUCAAUCCCAAUAUGAUAUCAGCAUACUUGUCUGGAAGGACCCAACAGAGGGUAACUGGUGGAUGCAGUUUGGGAAUGACUAUGUUUUGGGUUAUUGGCCAGCAUUUUUGUUCUCAAACUUAGUAGACAGUGCUUCAAUGAUUGAAUGGGGAGGAGAGGUGGUGAACUCAGAGUCUGAAGGGCAACACACCACCACCCAAAUGGGCAGUGGCCAUUUUCCUGAAGAAGGGUUUGGGAAGUCCAGUUAUUUCAGGAAUAUUCAGAUAGUAGAUGGGUCCAACAACUUGAGGGCUCCCAAGGACAUUGCCACUUUUACUGAGGAAUCAAAUUGCUAUGAUGUUCAGGUUGGAAAGAAUGGUGGUUGGGGUAACUACUUUUACUAUGGUGGACCAGGUAGGAACUCUAAUUGUCCAUGA